AAAAAAAAAAGUCUGAACGAAGAAAGAGUUGCAAUUAUUUAGUAAUUUCAAUGAUAUGGAACUUGCAAAUUGUGGAAAUUCUUAAGAACGUCCCCAACCAAAAACCAAAAAAAAAAAAACCAAAAGCAUGCAACAUGGAACCACAUAUAAGAGUACCCUUCUUUACGUCAAUUAUCUUUAAAGCAAGUCUUCGCUCUUCAAUUUAUAUUUUACCAAAUCAUCUUCUCUCUUUCUCUAUCUCUCAAAACAAAAAGUAACCAUGAUCAAGACAAAGACGACGUCCCUUCUCUGUUUCCUUCUCACAGCCGUUAUACUAAUGAACCCAUCUUCCUCCUCCCCCACUGACAAUUACAUAUACGCCGUUUGUUCUCCGGCUAAAUUCUCCCCUAGCUCCGGCUACGAGACAAAUCUUAACUCCCUCCUCUCUUCCUUCGUCACCUCAACCGCCCAAACCCGCUACGCCAACUUCACAGUUCCCACCGGGAAACCGGAACCAACCGUUACCGUAUACGGUAUUUACCAGUGCCGCGGCGACCUAGACCCAACCGCCUGCUCGACGUGCGUAUCAAGCGCCGUCGCACAGGUCGGAGCCUUAUGUUCAAACUCGUACUCCGGGUUCUUGCAGAUGGAAAAUUGUCUGAUCCGUUACGACAACAAAUCGUUCCUUGGGGUUCAAGACAAAACGUUGAUCCUCAACAAAUGUGGACAGCCGAUGGAAUUCAACGACCAGGAUGCGUUGACCAAAGCUAGUGACGUCAUCGGUUCUUUAGGUACCGGAGAUGGAUCUUACAGGACAGGUGGCAACGGGAAUGUUCAGGGUGUGGCUCAGUGCUCCGGUGAUCUAAGUACAUCACAGUGCCAAGAUUGCUUGUCUGAUGCAAUCGGACGGCUCAAAUCUGAUUGUGGAAUGGCUCAGGGAGGAUAUGUUUACUUGUCGAAAUGUUACGCGCGUUUCAGUGUUGGUGGUAGUCACGCGCGUCAGACCCCAGGCCCAAACUUUGGUCAUGAAGGAGAGAAGGGCAAUAAGGAUGAUAAUGGAGUGGGAAAAACAUUGGCGAUAAUAAUAGGAAUCGUCACCUUAAUCAUCUUGCUCGUUGUGUUUCUCGCUUUUGUUGGAAAGUGUUGUAGAAAAUUACAAGAUGAGAAAUGGUGUAAAUGAAAGGACAAAGUGGGAAAGAUAUCAAUCAACAACUCGAGUCGAGCCACACUGUUAGUUGUAUUUUUGUAAUUUUUUUUGUUCUCCCUCAUAAGAUGUACGUAGUUAUAGUAUAUUGAUAAUUUGAUAUAGUAUUGAUAUGAUUGUAUCUCCGAAUCGAUUUUUGUAUAAUUGUCGGACUUAUAUAGGCCAAAGCGAUAUCUUCUUCUUUGAUGUGAAUGAAACCUUCGAUUUCUUAUCUUCUAUAAAUGCCAUGUUUUUCGUC